AUGGAAGACAUUUCUAAAUUUCCCUAUUCACAUCAACCUGUAAGAUCCAUUAGUUUUCCCACUAGAGUACACCCCAUUUCUCAGAGAGUAGAAGCACUCCUAAACCACCUAAAACAUCAUCAUUCUCAACCUGCCUCAAGCACUACGGAUUUGGAGGCAGAAACUAUUCAGAGUGACUUAGUUGUGCUUGCUGAGGUGUACAACUGCAUGGAGGAGCUCUUCCAUUCUCCACAGUCCCAACAAGCUCUUCUCCGCUACCAAGAUGGGAAACUAGUAGAAGAAGCAUUAUGUGGCUCAGUCACUUUGCUAGACACAUGUGAGACUGCAAGAGAUUUGUUAUUGGUUCUAAAGGAACACAUGCAAACACUUCAUUCAGCUGUACGUAGAAGAAAAGGAGAUUCAAACAUUGAAAGCAGCAUUUCUGCUUUUGAUAUCUUCAAGAAGAAGGCAAAGAAGACAAUUGCCAAACAACUUGGACAACUAAAGAGAAUGCACAAUAAGGUUAAUUCGUUUUCUUUACUGGGUCAAGAUCUACAACAAGCAUUUUUGGCUAGAGUUAUAAGAGAAUCAAGCACCAUAACCCUCUCCAUAUUACAUUCUCUAUUAGUAUUUCUGUCCAUGCCAACAUUUGGAACAAAAGGGCCCUCCUCCUUGAUCUCAAAGUUGAAGACUACUGUUUUGUUCUCUUCCCAGAAAGAACAGAAGAACACCAAUGGGGUUGCAGAUCUCAACAAUGUUCUGUACUCCCUUCUUGGAAGAGACAAAAACGGUGAUUCCAGUGGUGAAUUUCAAAGGGCACUAGGGGUGUUGGAGACACUAAAUGUUAAUAUUGAGGGUCUUGAGGGUGGAUUAGAUUGCAUAUUUAGAUGUUUAGUGAAACAUAGAGUAUCGUUUCUGAAUAUGCUAGCUAAUUGA